AUGGCGACCACUUCGUCAACGACCCAAGUCCUUGUUUUCACCGUAUCCCUUUUGUUGGUCGCUUUCCAAGCAGUCCAUGCAGACUAUUACCGUCCAAGGCCACCGGUUACCCCUAGCCCCUACAUCCCUAGGCCACGGUUCCCACUUCCGAGCCCAAGCCCCAAGCCUGUUUAUAGGCCUCCUACUACACCGGUUCUACCCGCUGGCUCAACCGCUAGACUGUUCCUUGACCCACAUAACGCUCUUCGGUCCAGGCUAGGUUUGUCUCCAUUGGUUUGGGACGGUAGGCUAGCGAACUACGCGACAUGGUGGGCUAACCAGAGGCGUUUUGAUUGCUCAUUGUCCCACUCGACCGGUCCAUACGGUGAGAACCUAUUCUGGGGGAGUGGCUCAAGCUGGGCACCAGGUUUCGCGGUGCAGUCAUGGAUCGUUGAAGGCAGCUCAUACAACUACAACACCAACUCGUGUGACGGAAGUGGAAUGUGUGGUCAUUACACUCAGAUGGUGUGGCGUGACACCAAAAGGCUCGGAUGCGCAAGUAAGGUCUGUGAGAACGGUGCCGGAGUUUUCAUCACUUGUAACUACGACCCUCCGGGUAACUACGUUGGCGAGAAGCCUUACUAA